AUGUCGUCCGGCGACGCGAAGUUCGGCCCUGGGGGGCAUUACUCUGGACGCAACCCAGUGCCCAACAUCCAGCAGUUCCUUGAGAACAUGGACCGGGACAAGAAGACUCACGAUGCACAAAUGUUGGCACAGCAGCAAGCGCAAUCACCCGAGGUCCAGGCACACAAGGACAAGCGAACAACAGAACCGACAAGCUCCCCCAAGACAGUGACGGAUCCGACAACUGGCCAGCAGGUGCAGAUUGAGGAUGUCGAUGAGCAUUUCAUAGAUGCCGCGCUCAAUCCGAAGCUCUCUGUGCCCAAUGCGAAUCUCGGGAAACCGACGACAAUGCAAAGCCACAGAACUCAAUCCGGCGAAGAGUACAGAAACGCCCAAGAUGUUACGGCGCCGCCGGAUCCCAUCCACCCAGGCAGCACCUCUGAUGUGCCGAUCAAAGGUGAAAUGACGAACAUCCUCUUCCAUCCGACGCCUUCGGUCAGUUACGAACCAAUGUUUGAGGCUCUGGAGAAGCGGGCCGAAAUCCUGUGUAUUGGCGUGCUUGUAGGCAUUGUGAUACUGGGAAAGAUGUUUGGGGGAGCACUUUACGGUCUUAUCCCGCUGGGAAUGUGUGUCUCUUCAGGCAUCUUUCUGUGGAUGAAGGCUGUUGUACGGGCUGGGAGGGACCACGAGUGGUCGAGUGAACAAGAGAGGGGCGAGACAGCAGUCGCAAAUCUAAUCCCAGAAUCCGUCGAGUGGAUGAAUACUUUACUCGGCGUUGUUUGGGGCCUGAUCGACCCAGAGAUGUUUGCCAGUGUGGCUGGUACUCUCGAGGAUGUCAUGCAAGCCUCUGUCCCCAGUGUCAUCGAGAAUGUCCGAGUCGCCGAGAUCAACCAAGGCAGCAACCCAAUCCGAAUCUUGAGUCUUCGAGCUCUGCCCGAUCAUCACGUAGAGGAAUUAAAGGAUGACAUCCAUAGGCAAAACUCCGAGAAAAAGGAUCCCCAAGAAGUCGCGGCGGAUGAGGAGGGCGGAGAUUACUACAAUAUCGAAUGCUCCUUUGCGUACCAUGCCAAGCCAACCGGAAAAGGCGUCUCUUCAAAGGCGAAAAACAUGCAUAUGGAGCUCGUCUUCUACCUUGGAAUUAAAGGCUUGUUAGGCGUACCUCUGCCGAUUUGGGUCGAACUUCAAGGUCUUGUUGGCACUGUUCGCCUGCGCCUUCAGAUGUCUCCUGAGCCACCAUUCCUCAAAGCCCUCACAUUUACGCUUAUGGGCCUUCCAAAAGUCCAAGCAGGCUGUAUGCCAAUUCUGGAGAGCAACGUCAAUAUUUUAAAUCUGCCUCUCAUCUCGAAAUUUGUCAACUACGCCAUUGGGGCAGCAGCAGCCGAGUAUGUUGCUCCGAAGUCAAUGACGCUCGAUAUGGCCAAGAUGCUCCAGGGCGAUGAUAUCCAGAAGGAUGUAGAAGCUCUUGGUAUCCUCUGGAUUAGAAUCCACAAGGCAACUGGACUUAGCAAGCAAGACCGCCGAGGCAGUGAAGGCGGCGGAAGUGAUCCCUAUAUUACCGUCAGCUUCUCCAAGUAUGGCAAGCCAAUGUACUGCACCCGCGUUAUCCAAGAUGACCUCAACCCUGUCUGGGAAGAGACAUGCGCUCUUUUAGUUACUCCUGAUCUCAUCAAGGCUGACGAGCAGCUGUCAAUGGAACUUUGGGACUCAGAUCGAUCCACCGCCGAUGACGUCGUUGGAAAGGUCGAAAUCUCCAUGCAGAAGAUGAUCCAGCACCCUGGAAAGAUGUACCCACAAGUAUCCAAACUCCGUGGUACAAAGGCCGAGAGUUCGAUGCCCGGUGAACUGAUGUGGGAGGUUGGGUACUUUUCCAAGCCUCAGAUGCGUCCUGCUCUCAGGACUCACGGGAAGGAUAUUAACCUUCCGGAUAACUUGAAGGACAUUCCAGCAUUGCAGGAUGAGAAGGGAUCCUUGGAUAGCCCAGAGGAAGAUGCUGUCGUUCACACUCCUCCUGACCCACUGUGGCCAAGUGGUGUUUGCAGCGUUAUCAUCCACCAAAUUGUUAACCUCGAGUUGGAGAAUACUCAGGGCAGCAAUGGCAACAGGAAGGGACGAGAAUUCGAACCCGCCCGUGAAAGUGGAGAGACGAAGGAAGAGAAGGGCAAGAAGCUUCCAAGCAGUUACUGUACGAUCUUAAUCAAUGAUGAACUUGUCUAUCGCACGCGUGCAAAGGUUGUUAGCAGCAAGCCCAUCUUCAACGCUGGUACUGAGCGCUUUAUGAGAGACUGGAGAUCCGGAAUAGUCACUGUUACUGUUAGAGACCAACGGAUGAGGCAACACGAUCCUAUUCUGGGUGUUGUACCACUGAAGUUGUCCGACAUUCUCCAGACGAGCUCCCAGGUUACAAGAUGGUAUCCUUUGGAUGGCGGCAUCGGAUUUGGCCGUGUUCGCAUCUCCCUCCUCUUCCGUAGCGUCGAGAUAAAACUACCAAUCAACCAACUAGGCUGGGACGUCGGCACAUUUGAGUUCCACUCACCCAAGAUAAUCGCAACCGGCUACCAAUCCACCGCGAAGCUAAAGAUGCGCACCGGCGGCAGCACCGGCCAAAUCGGACGCUCGCACUGCCGCAAGCUCGCGGAGGGCGACGGCGUCUUCUGGGACCUCGCCAAGAAGGAGGGCAAGAACAACGUGCGUCUACCGGUCAAGUACCGCUACCGCUCCCCCGUCGUCUUCGAGUUCCGCAAAUCGGGCAGCCGCUCGGUCGACGCCUAUGCGGUGAUCUGGCUGCAUCACCUUGAGGAUAACCGUGAGGAGGCUAUUAAUAUCCCGAUCUGGAAGACGGAUAAGGGGAUGCGGUUGACGCAGAACUAUAUUACGGAGGAGAACUUUAAUAGUAUUCCCGAUAUCAAGAUCGAGGAGGUCGGACGUCUGCAGUUCCGCUGCUGCUUUAAGGCUGGCACGGAUCAGGACCAUGCGCACUUCGUUUGUGACAAUGAUGCCCGCGAGACGCAGGAGACGUGGGAGGCGUGCCAUGCGGAGGGUGUGCGCACGACACAUGUGUCCAAGGAGAUGCCGCCCGCGGUACAGCAGCUGCACGACCAGAGCCUGAUUCAGGGCCGAGACGUGCUAUCGCAGGCCGACGAAGAUGACAAGAAGAAAUGGCUGUCGAAAGACGGCACGGACUGGAGCGGGGCGUUCGGCGAGGACCCGUCGAAGUUUGUUGAUUACAGGGGCGCGAGGAGCGCGCAGGAAGAGAGGUAUGAUGGGCGGCCUAGUACCGGGCAGAGUGGCAGCGGGGGUCGCAGCAGUGAUGCGUAUACGUAUGAUGAUGAGGAUAGCGAUGAGAGCGAUCUAGGGCUUCAGGAUGCGACGACGACGUCGAGGGAGCAGGAGGGGCCGGCGGCGGCGGAUGGGGAGGUGCAGACAAAGGCUGAUGUGAAGGAUUUGCAUCGGAAGCAGAGGUGGGGGCAGUGGAAACCGAUGAGAAAUCUGCAGUUCGCGAAGGAUGAGACGAAGUUUGCGGUGAAGAAGACGAUUGGGAAGUGGAAGCUUGAGGGGAGAGAGCCGGGAGUUGAGUCUGAGUAUUAGAUUUUCGUCUGCAAUCCAUGCAUCCCAUUCAUCUCCAAGUGAUCUCUCACCAUCAAGGAAGAAGAUCUUUACCUUAUAACCCCAUCGUCUCCGUACGUAG